GACUAUGCCUCUGCCAUGAGCAACCGAAUUCAUUACUACAGCCGACUCACAUCUUCCUCUAACAGGGCACUGAUUGCUCCUGAUCAUGUGCUUCCAGACCCUGAGGAGCUCUAUAUAUACAGCCCACUGGGUUCUGCCUUUAAAAUGGAAUGCUACACAGAUGGUUAUGGUAAAAACACCAGUUUAGUCACAAUCUUCAUGAUUUGGAAUACUAUGAUGGGAACAUCUAUACUAAGUAUUCCAUGGGCAAUAAAACAGGCUGGAUUUACCACUGGCAUCUGUGUCAUCAUUCUGAUGGGUCUUUUAACACUUUAUUGCUGCUGCAGAGUAGUAAAAUCACGGACAAUGAUAUCUUCAUUAGAUACAACUAACUGGGAAUUUCCAGAUGUUUGCAAAUAUUAUUUUGGCUCCUUUGGUCAGUGGUCUGCUCUGCUUUUCUCCCUGGUAUCUCUUAUUGGAGCCAUGAUAGUUUAUUGGGUGCUUAUGUCCAAUUUUCUUUACAACACCGGAAAAUUCAUUUUCAAUUUUAUUCAUCAUGUUAAUAUCACAGAUAGCAUCCUUAGUACGAAUGGUACCGAUCCAGUGAUUUGCCCAACGCCUGGACAUAAUAGCCAACCUGACAAUCAUACCAUUGACUUUUUUUCUGCCAAUAACACUGACUUCCAGCAGUUUGAAAAGUGGUGGGAUAAAUCGAAGACUGUGCCUUUUUACCUUAUCGGAUUACUCCUACCACUGUUGAACUUCAAGUCUCCAUCUUUUUUUGCAAAAUUUAACAUCCUAGGUACUAUAUCAGUUCUCUAUUUGGUUUUCUUUGUCACCUUGAAGAGUAUCCAAUUGGGUUUCCAUUUGGAAUUUCAUUGGUUUACAUCAACAGAGUUUUUUGUCCCAGUGAUGUGCACCCCCAACUUAGGGGGUCUUCAGGCCCUUAUUAAGAAUGUAGACAAGCUAAUGGCCUCCAUUCAGGAAAACAAUGUAAGGGAUCUGUCCAUUGCUUAUUUGCUGGUGAUGUUAACAUACCUCUAUGUUGGUAUCCUGGCCUUUGCUUCAUUUCCCUCUCCACCAUUAUCCAAAGAAUGCAUUGAACAGAAUUUUUUAGAUAACUUCCCCAGCAAUGACAUCUUGUCGUUCAUUGGAAGGAUAUUUCUGCUGUUCCAAAUGAUGACUGUUUACCCACUCUUGGGCUACUUGGCUCGUGUCCAGCUAUUGGGAUAUAUCUUCAAUGAUACUUACCCUAGCAUUUUCCACGUGCUAGUUCUUAAUCUCAUUGUCGUGGGAGCUGGAGUGAGCAUGUCCUAUUUCUGCACAAACAUAGGAGGAAUCAUAAGAUAUUCAGGAGCAGUGUGUGGCCUGGCCUUCGUGUUCAUAUAUCCAUCUCUCAUCUACAUAAUAUCCCUAUACAAUGAGGAGCGCCUGACGUGGCCUACCUUGUUAUUCCAUGCCUUCAUCAUUGUGUUGGGCAUUGCUAACCUGAUGGCUCAGUUCUUUAUGUGA